GCUAUGCGUAUCUAACUUAUGGCUAAAGCUAAACACGCCUGAAAGCCAAAGGCACCCAGCACCUGUGCUAUUUCCCUCCAGUUUGUACCACCAGGGCGUUUUCAUCUCGGUAGCAUCAUGCUGGCAUCUGCACGUCCAGAGCAGAGCGUAAACCACGCUUUGUUGGGUUCUGUGCACACUCUAAAACAUGAUGUCAAUGACGUUUUGAGGAGCGGACAGUACUAUGUCACCGACGAGCUCGCGCGGAAAGCAUAUGAUAUAGACAACAGUCUCAACCACCUGAAGUUCGACCAAAAUUUAUUAGCUACAUCCAAAGAAUGGAAACAAGGGUUUGAUCAGGACAAGCUUAUGCAGGAGCACAUGGGGGCAACCCAUGCUGGCCAGCAUGUUCAACAAGCUUUCUUUGACCUCAAGAACUCCAUGAGUGGAAAGGCUUUGGAUGGGAAGCAGGAAAAUGAGAUCCGCGAAGCACAUCACUGGGCAGAUAAAACUUUAGAAGCAAGUCAGGAAGCACUGAGUCCAUAUGCAUUGAAUGCCCACAACCGCAUCCAGCAAUUUUCGGACCACAUAGGUGUCACUGACCGUUUCAAUGGGUACCGCCACAUGCUGACCAGAGGUUCUCGGGACCCAGUGGUACUGGGCAUGAGCUGGCUGGACACCAAGAGAAAUGCUUAUAACAGCAGUUUGAAUGUUGGCUGGAGAGCAAACCAUCCUAGCAGUGGGCAGCAGAUGUCUUAUGGAGCUGUCCCAGGAAAUCAAAGAGGUUACUCAACAGACAAGGGUCACAUAGGCGCUAGAGAACUUCAUCAAACAUAUAUGGGCACAAACAAAAGCCUGCAGAGAAGAGUAGGAUCCACUGGCGGAGAAAGGCAAACUUCAGGUACCAUGGAUCACCUUCAAGCCUAUAACACCACAAUGAUCACAGCAAAUGGCCCCAAGACACAGAGCGUCCAAGAAUCCUGUGGUAUCAACAUGACAUUCCCAGGGAAGACGGAGUAUAUGGUCAGGUACAAGCGUCCACCUCUUGACCCAAAGACCAGUGACUUUCUUAUCAACCCAACACCAAAUUUCAUGGCCAGUGGACGUCCACUCAUGAAGGGGCAGUACGAGUCAAGUUUCACAGAAUACCAGACACGCUUUGAAUGGCCUGAUUCAAGGAAAAUAGUGAAAUUGCCAUGGUUACGCAAAUAAUAAGGAUCUCAUUUGAAAAACUUAUGAUGAUAAUCUGCACAUAGUGUAAAGAUAUUUUUUUACUCUACUACAUUCCUUAAUUUAAAUGCUAUUGCAGGUAUAAGUGAAAGAUGUUUUUGCACACUGUUGUUCUUUUCAAAUCUUUAAGAUGCUUUUUUUAAUUACCAGUAUCAUGAUAUCCCUUUUCUCAGAAAUGUAUGUAGAAUAAGCUUCUUCUUCUUGCAAAUUCAUUUCAUACAAAAAUGUUUAUUUAUUGAACAAUUAAUUUCUGGUUACUUUCUCCUUAGACCCAUGGGUCCCAAGUUUCAUCACAUCUGCUAGUGCUCAUAUUCUUUAAAAGAGAGGACAACUUUGUGCCAAUGCACCAAUUUGAUUAUACAUAUUGGACUAUAAUGUUAAGAAGUGUACUGUACAUACAAUUUGCUUUAUUUUAAGAGAAUUUGUUCUAAGUCCCCCUGUGUCACAUGUAGAUAUAUACCAGUAGGAAAUGUGCCUGUAUCUUUAUAUUGCAUAGGUCCACUAAACUUCAUGGUCAAAUGUGUCGAUUUGCUUUAGCAAAACUUAAACAUCAUGAAGCAUGGUGAAAUUUCUUGCUCAUAGAUAACAAGCCAAGCUUAAUAACUUGCCUUUGAAGGUAGACAGUUUGUACUAAAGUUAGUGCCACUGAUACUUUAUCCAACAUGCAUACAACAGUCUUUUUGAGCCAGGCUUUUAGCCUCCAGAUAGUUUUUUGUUACAUGUUAUUGCCAAUGCUGUGAAUUGUGCUUAACAAAACGAUGCCAAAUUUUUAAAAUUUUUUUCUAUUAUAAUAUGGUUAACAUUUUUUGUGUGACAAAAGUGAUGCCUUAUGGACUUCAUGUCCAUAAUGAAAAAAAGCAUGCUAUAUUUUUUAGUGUUUACUCAGGUACAAUGAGGAUGGUUUGGAAUGACAAAGUAUUUUAUUUCCAAUUAAAAUUUCUUCACUAGGGUUGAGUGAUUAAAUUGCAUUUUAGAAAGACAAAUGCAUUAAAUUGGUAAUCAAAUUUUUUUCUUUUGUAUCCUCAGACACCAACAUCAUUUUUAUAAUAUUUUGUCUGAUGUCCAAACUAGUUCCUCUUAACAAAAAUACAUUUGUGAUAUAGUGAUAACUAACAUUUAUACAAAGUAUACAAUAAAUCAAAUCCUGAAAACUC